AUGAAUUAAUAUAAUUUUGGGAAGGGCAAAAAGUAAAAAUAAGUUCAUUUGAUCUUGACUCCUCUUAAACUUGAACAAUCUUUAAGAAUGAAGAAUAAUUAUUUAGAUAAUUAAUCUUAUUAUCAACAUACAUCCCCUCGAACAAUACUGCCAUAAUUCACACCCUAAAAAAUAAAAUAAUAAAUAAGUUUUCAAGAAUCAAAGAAUUCUCCACAAUCUUCAUUAGUCUCAUCUUUUAAAGUAAGACCUAGAAAUUUUCAUUAAGAAAAUGUGUAAUUACCAAAUAAUUUGAGUAUACCUUUUAUUUAGAAUUAGUAAAGUUUCAAUCAAGAUUGAUUCCUGAUGAUAGUUUCAAAUUCAAAGCAAAAUAUGCAGCUAGAUCAAGAAAGGGAGUUUAAAUAGGCAAUGCUUCCAAAGUAAAUCAAGAUGCAUUUGUAUGUUGUGCAAAAAUAGAAAAUAAUGAAUGUAUUCAUCUAUUUGCCAUAUGUGAUGGACAUGGUGAACAUGGACAUAUGGUGAGUGGAUUCAUAAAAACUCAACUUCCAAUGUUAAUAUAAAAGAAUAAAAUAAUAUUAGAGAGAAAGUAGAUAUAAAAAAUAAAUUUAGUUCUUCAUAAGGGUUGAUGAGUAUAAUUUAAGGACUUUCUGAUAUGUUACAAAAGAGUAAUAUAGAUGUUUCAUUUUCAGGAUCCACUUUAGUGAUAGUGUAUCUUUAAAAUAAUAAAGUAAUUAUAGUAUUAACAAAUAUUAGUUAUAUUGUGCAAAUUUGGGAGAUUCAAGAGCAGUUCUAUUGAGUCGAGAAGAUAAAUGGAGAAUGAAAUCAUUAUCAAGAGAUCACAAACCAAGUUGUAAAGAUGAAGCUGAUAGAAUUUUGGCUAAUGGAGGGAGAAUUGAUCCACUUAUGAAUAGUUUAGGAUUAUUUGUUGGUCCAUUAAGAGUAUGGACUAAUUAAAAUGUUCCAGGUUUGGCUAUGACUAGAUCUCUUGGUGAUGAGAUUGCACAUUCAGUAGGAGUUAGUGAUAAACCUGAAAUACUAUAAUAUGAUUUAGAGAAAAAUGAUAAAGUAAUUAUUUUGGGAAGUGAUGGGUUAUUUGAAUUUCUAACUGAUGAAUAAAUUGUCAAAUGCAUAACUCCAUAUUAUGAUAAUUCUAACAUAGAAGGAACUUGUAAUCAAUUAAUGUUGGCUGCUUGCAACAGUUGGAUGCAAAAAUGCACUAACCUAAUUGAUGACAUUACUUUCAUAGUAUUAUUCUUAACUUAUUGA